AUGAACUACUCCUACAAUUUUGAUACAGGCUUUGAUCAAACAGAUCCUGACGACGCGACUGCUCAAGUUGCCGUUUUUGCAGCUGCUGCGGCAGCAGGCCAACAAACACAACCAUUCCAGUACCCAAGAAGACAUCAACAGGAAAGACAUCAGGGACAUCAUCAGCAAUUGUUUCAUCAUCAAUAUACAAAACCCAGAAACCAGAUUUUUGUCACACGCGAUGGGAAACCAAUUGCAUUUUACCUUGGCUUUAAUGAACCAAACAGGGCGAAGUACGUUACUGCGAUAAUUGAGAAUGGUGGGUUUAUCACUGAAGGUGGUGUUGAAAACGUCAUCUACUUGACUUCGCAUACUAAGGAUAUGGGUGGCUAUGUUAGAACGCAGUUUAUUGAUGACUGUAUUCUGGCUGGUACCUUAUUGCCAAGUCAUAACUAUGUCAUUCCUUCAGUUCCAGAAGACCUGGAGCCAAUGAUUGACGUGUUGGGACUAGAACAACACGGUCAUCAAAUGAGACAUUUAUACCCUCAGCAGCAGCAGCAACAACAACAACAACAACAGCAGCAACAACAACAGCAGCAACAACAACAGCAGCAACAACAACAACAUUUUUCGCAUCAUCAAAUGCUGACUCAGGCUCUGGUUCAGCCACAACUUCAAGAGCAACAUCAUCAGCAGCAGCUUCAAGCCAAAGCAGCAAAGCCGAAAAAGAUUGCUCACAACGCGGCCAUCUCAUCCCAUAGGUUUACGCCUGAAAAAGAUGAAUACAUUCUUGACCAAGUACGUAAAAAUGCAAGGUUCAGAAACAGCCACGAAUUCUUUCGUGAACUUGCUGGUCACGAGAUGUUAAAAACGCAUACUGGGAAUUCGAUUCGAUCACGUUACCGUCGUCAUUUAGAGCCUCGGUUGCAAUUCAUUUACAAGACCAAUCAAAAGGGUAAAUUAAUGAAGGACCCUACAACAAAUCAAUUAAUCAAAAUUGGGUUAGACGAGUUGCCACAAACGUUGAAAAAUAAGUUUACCCCAGAAGACGAUUACUACUUGUGCCAAAUUGUUACUAAUUACAACAAGUCGGUUGCUGAAUCGAAAGGAUUACCAUUCGAUCCAAGAAAGAAAACCGUACCACCUUACUCGUUUUUCAAUGAUAUGUAUAGAGCUAAUCAUAGACAUACUUUACAUUCAUGGAGAGACCGGUAUAGGAAAUAUAUCACUGAGGGCACGAUGGUUGAAUAUAUGGAACAUUACGAAAAGUGCCGGCGUGAAGGUAAGGAACCGAGACUGUUGAUGAGAAUACCGCCUCAUAUCCUCGAAAUAGAGAAAGAGAAAGAAGGAGAAGGAGAAGGAGAAGGAGAAGGAGAGAAAGAAGUUGGGCAAAAUGAAGCGACCGCGAAUAGUAAACAAAAGAAAAAUGACAAUGACAAUGACAAUGACAAUGACAAUGCUAAUUCCAAGGACAAGGAUAUGGUUGAGAAUGGAAAAGAAGUGGUUGAGAGAGAUGAGGAUCAAACUGAGCCAAAUAUAACCAAUAAAGUCGCUAUAAAAGAGAAGAGGCAAAAGAAGCCAAAACAAACAAAAGGGAAGGAUAAAAAUGCAGUGGAUAAUGAUGUAGAAUUUUUUGAAGCUGCUGAAGCAGAAGCUUUGGCUGCUAUUGCUGCCUCUAAUGCGAGAGAUGCGAAGGCAAAGGAAAAGGCCAAGCACAGAGAAACUAAAAACUAUCAAAGUCACGAUGAGGAGAUUGAAGAUCUGCAAAAUGAUGAUGAUAAUGAUGAUGAUCAACCUGUUAGUAAAAAGAGGAAGCAAGAGGUAAAAUUGAAGGUGGAUGAUAAUUCAGCAAAUGCAUCCAAAUCUGCUGCAGCUAAGACAAAUGAAUCGAAUGAGGUUAAGCAGCAGCAAGUUGCUGGUGAUGGAGAAGAAGAUUACGAUUUUGGUCAAGAUUUUGAUGCAGCAUUAGACGAAGAGAUUGGCGAGUUGAAAGACUCGGAAGUUGGUCAAGUUAGUAGAAAUACUUCAUUUGCCGAUCGAAUUGAGGUUCCUAAACUUGGUGAUCUUGGCGAUUUUGACUUUGAAGAAGAAGGAGAAGAAGAAGGAGAGGGUGAGGAUGAGGAUGAGGAUGAGGAUGAUGAACAAGUGGAACAAGAAAAGAAUCAAGAAAGUCCUGCUUCCCGUAACAAGGAACAAGCUAGAGAUGAUUCGAAUAAGGAAGACAAAGAUGAACAUGAUCCGCAAGACGAUGAAUUUUCUGAUGCUCUUGAAACCACAGAGAAUUUCAGUGCACCUGCAGAUGAAGCACUUCAACCUAAUAAUGCAUCAAGUUCACAAAUACAUGAUGCUGAACGUAUCCUUGAAGCUACUUCACAAACUCAAGAGUUUUUCACAUUCCCCAAAUCACAGCCACCAACUGUUCCCCAAGAAGAAGAUGAUGAGGGGGAGGAGAAGAUUGAAAAAGAAGAAGAUAAAGAAAACAAUGAUUCUCAAUUUGACCCUGAUUUUGCUCCUCCUUCACAAUCACAAGCUCCAACUCAGGACCAGAAUCAGGACCAAAAGCUGAUUUUGACUCUGACACAAAAUUCUGCCCAUGCACAGGAUAGUCAGGAUGGAGAUAUCGAGCUCAAGUAUUUAGCGAGAAACACUCUACUUUGUGAUGUUGUUAAGCCCGAUAAAUUUUCAAAAUUGCUUGAGCACAAGAAUCCGCAACUUGUCCUUACUAGAAAACUCACAUCUACAUCUUCUGCGGGCGAUAGUUUGGAAGAUAUUGAAACAGUGUACACAAAGCUUGGGCAAGUUGGACUUUGUGAUAACUUCAUUAGUCAUGUUAUAUAUGCGUGUUCGGCAGAGACGCCAGUGAUGUUGAAUUAUAUUACUGCCUUUGUGAAGCAAUUAUUGAAGAAUAAGCAAAGAGCAGAAGGAAUAAAACGAGGGGAAGGUGGAGGGGAAGGUGGAGGGGAAGGUGGAGAAGCAGAGGAGAUAAGAAAGGGAUUGGUUAAUGUGUACAAGUAUUUGCCCACGGGUACUGAGCUACAUGGCAUCUGGACUGAUGAAUUUGACUCUGUAUUGGGCACUCAACAGGAGUCUGAUUUGUUUCAAUACAAGAGUGGUGUUGAGAUUGAGCGGAGGUUUAAGUUUCUUAGGGAUUGCGAGAUUGUUAAGAUGGAGAUGGAGAUGGAGAUGGAGUCUGAUGUUUUAAAUGAAGAGUAA